CUUUAUAAAAGUUUUCCCCUGGUGACCACGCCAGCGUGACGGCCUGUGGGGAAUCCGCUGAGUGUCUGCGAGAUGUGGCCAAAGUCCACGCAGGGUUUGGACGCAGUUUUUGUGCCUGUGAAUGGGCCGCACUGUAGGAUGACGGCCCCAGGGAAGCUGCGGGUGGCGGUGAUCGGGGCAGGAGCAGCCGGGCUGUGUGCGGCCCGUCACAUCGUUGCCCGCCCCGAGUCCUUUGCGCCCCCCGUGGUGUUCGAGGCGUCCAGCCGCAUCGGGGGCACCUGGGUCUAUACCGAAGAGACAGGGCAGAGACCGGAUGGGCUCCCCGUCCACUCCAGCAUGUACCGGGACCUCAGGACAAACCUGCCCAAGGAGGUGAUGGCGUUCCCAGACUUCCCCUUCGACCCCUCCCUGCCGUCCUUCCUGCACCACUCGGACGUGCUGGCCUAUCUGGAGAGCUACACCGACCACUUCCGCGUCCGAGAGCACGUCAGGUUCUCGUGGCUGGUGGAUGCCGUGAGCCCGGCCGAGGGCACCGAGGGCGGCUGGGACGUCACCGCCUGCUGGGCCCAGGACCGGAUGGUGCAGGCGACCGAGCGCUUCGAUGCUGUAAUUGUCUGCAGCGGUCACUAUUCCGACCCAUUCGUCCCCCCCAUCCCUGGCCUCGAGACCUUCCCAGGCCGGCUGCUGCACAGCCACGAAUACCGCUGCCCGGAGCCCUUUGCGGGCCGCACCGUGGUGCUGCUGGGGGCCGGCCCGUCCGGCGUGGACCUGACGCUGCAGCUGGCCCCCGUGGCCCAGCGGGUGAUCCUGAGCCACCGGCAGCCCACGCUGUCCGCGCUGCCUGGGAACGUGCUGCAGACAGCGCCGGCGGUGGGCGUAGCGGGAGACACGGUCCAGUUCGGGGACGGCGCCGAGCACAGGGCCGACGUCCUCAUCCUCUGCACCGGGUACCGGUACCGCUUCCCCUUCCUGUCGCCCGCCCGCCUGGGCCUGCGGAUCACGGACCACACGGUGACGCCGCUGUACCGGCACCUGCUGCCGCCGCACCAUCCCAGUCUCUUCUUCAUCGGGCUCUGCAAGCAGAUCUGCCCCUUCCCACACUUCCACUGCCAGCUGCUCUUCUGCCUGGCGGUGCUGGUGGGCACCUGCUGCCUGCCCUCUGCUGCCGAGAUGCAGGUGGCCGCCGAGGGGCAGCUGCGGCAGCAUCGGGGCCGGGGGGCCCCCAAGCACUUCCACCGGCUGGGAGAGCUGCAGUGGGGUUACUGCCAGGAGCUGGCACAGCUGGGUGGGUUCGAGCCCCUGCUCCCGGUGGUCAGGAAGAUCUACGAGUCCACGCGGGAGAGCCGCAGGCAGGACGUCUCCAGCUACCGGAGCCUCAACUACAGGGUGUUGAGUGCUGAGGAGUGGGAGCUGGUGGGGGCAGACCCCGGGGGGACCCCAGGCGAGGGGAUGUAAUGGUCCCUUUCUACACUUGCUUUGCACAAAGGGGACAGGCCAGAGGGGCUGGGGGCAAUGGAGACGGAGCUCCCGCCCGUGCCUGGCUCCCGGUCUUAGGCGGAGGGUUAGCCGGUGGGUCGUUGUCUGACCCAGCCAGUGCAGCCGGAGCCCCUUCACCAUCGCUGCCUCCAGCCCUGCAUCCUCUGCUCACCCUGGAGGCUGGGGACUUGGCCAGCCUUCCCGCCACAGCCGAGCAGGGAUAAAAUCCCCUGGCGCAUUGGGGCCGGUGGGGAAUCGGCGCCAUUAGCACAAGGAGCCGAAACCUUGGUCCUGGGCGGUUUGAUAGUAAAGAAAUGAGCAAAUAAAGGGUAAAACCUGAA